UACAAAUCCAUUAUUUUGUAUAUGUUCGUUUUUCGUUAGUAAAAUUCAGUGAGAUUUCUGUCAUAAUAGUAUAAUGUCAGAGAACUUGAGAAAACGAAGUGGUGUAGCUGGUGAUGCAGAAAAUGUUCAAGAAAAAACUGAUGGAGCUGAUACCCAUAGCGAUAAAGAAAAUAUCCACUCGAAUUUGAGAGACAGUGAGAUCGACAGUGAAGAUGACAAAAAUGGUCGAAAAGGCAGUAUCGACUUGUCGUCAAACAUUCCCACAGGGACUAAUAAAGCCCCUUUCAUGCUGGAAAUGCUUCUACAGGAUUUGCCGGACAAAUGGCGAAAUUGGGUGGUUAGAGGCAUUUUCAGCUUUCUGAUGCUCACAUUUUUUUUGGUAGUCAUAUAUGGAGGCCCACUUGCUCUCAUGAUCACAACAUUGGUGGUUCAGGUGAAAUGUUUCCAAGAAAUAAUAAAUAUAGGGUAUUCUGUUUAUCGCAUCCAUGGUCUACCUUGGUUCAGAUCUUUAUCUUGGUAUUUUCUGAUCACCUCGAACUAUUUCUUUUAUGGAGAAAGCUUGGUUGAAUAUUUUGGGGUAGUAAUAAACAGAACGGAUUUCUUGAGAGGAAUAGUAACAUACCACAGAUUCAUCUCUUUCUGCCUAUACUGUGGUGGUUUCGUAUUAUUCGUGUUGAGUCUGGUCAAGAAAUACUACAUGAAACAGUUCUCACUAUUUGCUUGGACCCACGUGGCUUUGCUGAUAGUGGUGACACAGUCGUAUCUGAUCAUAAAGAACAUAUUCGAAGGGCUCAUAUGGUUCAUUGUACCUGUUUCGAUGAUUAUUUGCAAUGACAUUAUGGCCUAUGUUUUCGGCUUCUUCUUUGGAAAAACGCCGUUGAUUAAACUGUCGCCCAAAAAAACCUGGGAAGGGUUCAUCGGUGGAGGAUUUUCAACAGUCAUUUUUGGAUUCAUGAUGUCAUACAUAAUGUGUCAAUAUCCAUAUUUCGUGUGUCCGAUUGAAUAUAGUGAAGCUUUGGGAAGAAUGACAAUGGAAUGUGAACCCAGUAUACUAUUUCGACCCACCAUGUAUGAACUCCCCGGAUUCUUAUGUGGAUUAUUGAACACAUUUGGUCUUCCCACUACUGUAUCUCUCUAUCCUUUCAUGCUCCAUUCUCUGUCUUUAUCGCUCUUCAGUAGCGUCAUCGGACCAUUUGGUGGAUUUUUCGCAUCUGGGUUCAAGAGAGCAUUCAAAAUAAAGGAUUUCGGUGACGUCAUACCUGGUCACGGUGGUAUAAUGGACCGUUUCGAUUGUCAAUUUCUGAUGGCCACAUUUGUGAACGUCUACAUCAGCAGUUUUAUUCAAACUGACAGUCCGCAAAAGCUGCUUACUCAGGUGCUGUACUUGAAACCUGAGCAGCAGCUGCAACUCUUCCACAUGUUGAAGGAUACGCUCGAAAAUAGAAAUAUAUUGGUACCCAGUGUAUGAAUUCCUUAUUACUUGUUGAUACCCAGUGUUUGAAUGUUUUAUUACUUGUUUAUUGUAGAACAGCGAAAAGUUUGCAAUAGACAGUGUGUUCGAUUUCUAUCCGCAAUAUCUUCCUAAUUUGGAACCCGUCGACCGAUUUUCAAAAACAACUAGUCGAUUCAGGCAUAGC